CUCUUCAAAACUCGCAUCUCUCUCUCUCUCUCUCUCUCUCUAAUAAUGGGUUCAAACCAAGUGCAGUUGUUAGGCGCAUGGCCAAGCCCAUACGUUUUGCGUUGCCGAAUCGCGCUCAACAUCAAGUCCACCAACUACCAGUUUUUGGAGGAAACAUUCGGCUCCAAAAGCGAUCUCCUCCUCAAAUCCAACCCCGUCCACAAAAAGAUCCCGGUCCUCAUCCACGCCGGCCGCCCCAUUUGCGAGUCUCUCAUCAUCGUCGAAUACAUCGACCAAGUCUGGCCUUCCGCCCCCACUCUCCUCCCUUCCGAUCCCUACGACCGUGCCACCGCCCGUUUUUGGGCCGCCUUUGUCGAUCAGUGGUAUGUAUCCCUGAAAGCAGUGCUGAUGGCGGAGGAAGAAAAUGAUAAGAAGGCGGCAGCGGUGGAGGAGACGAAGCGGGGGCUGGGUGUGUUUGAAGAGGCGUUUGUGAAAUGCAGCAAAGGGGGCGGCUUCUUCGGAGGAGAGAGAAUCGGGCACGUGGAUAUUGCGUUGGGGAGUUUGUUGAGUUGGAUAAGAGUUAUAGAGAUAAAGCGGAAGGUGAGUUUGAUCGAUGAAUCCGCCACCCCCAAUCUCUUUCACUGGGCUCUCCGUUUUGCGGCGGAUGAUGCGGUUAAAUCUGUUUUUCCCGACAUUCAUAAGCACCUCCAAAUUGCUGACGUCGUCAUUGCCAAAUUUAAACCAGCUUCUCACCAAAACUAAUUCAUUUCAUUCCCCAUAUUAGUUUCGUGUUUCUGUUUGAAGAAAUAAUAUCUAUGUACUGUAUGAAAUAACAUGGGAUUUUAACUAA